GGAUGUAAGGAGUCUUCAGUAUUUGGGAGGCAUGGGGCUAUCUUUUAGGAGAUUUCUCUUUUUCUGGGAACAAAGAAACAGCUCAGAGAAAGGAGAAAACAGACCUCUCAUUACAAAGGGAAAUAUAAAACCAGAGAGGUCCUCACACGUCUCUUAUGCGACAACUGAUGACAGUUCAGGAAGUCAAAGCAGCUCGAGUUCAUCUAACCAUCAGGGUCUAACCAGAGUUGUGUCAUGGACUGGCACCAGUUCAGGACCACCCGGUCCAUCCAGCUGGAGCGACUACAUUCUAAAGUACCUACUCAUCACCAGCAACCUUCUCUUCACCGUCUUGGGAAUAGUGACCCUCGUAGUGGGACUCUGGGGUCUGGUCCAUAAAGAAUCUUUUGCUCAAGAGAAGAUGGGCGGAAUUGGUACAGACCCCAUGCUCCUCUUCUCAUUCCUCGGUUUUGUCCUGACCUUACUGAGCCUUACGGGAUGCAUAGGGGCUCUACGGGAAAACCGCUGUCUCCUUCGCACCUUCUCGGGGGCUUUGCUGCUCUUGGUGGUGGUGCAAGUGUUGGCCGUGAUCGUAGUGUAUAGCCUGCAGGAUCAGAUCGUGGAUUACCUGCGCUCGGGGAUGCUGACCGCUAUGGCACGGUACCAGGACGAUCUGGACCUGAGGUUCAUCACUGAUGAGAUCCAGACGGGCCUGCAGUGCUGCGGGGCAGACACGUACAGAGACUGGGAAAUGAAUGUGUACUUUAACUGUUCGGCUCCGGGGGUCCAAGCCUGCGGCGUGCCCCCCUCCUGUUGUGUAGAUCCCCUAGAGAACGGGACGGUGUGGAACUCUCAAUGUGGAGUCGGUGCCCAGCGGCUGGACGAGUUCUCAGCCCAGAGCGUGGUCUUCCUGGGCGGCUGUUUGGGCGGCAUGUCCCGCUGGAUAGAGCAAAACACUGGAGCGAUCGGCACGGUAGCCGUAAUUCUGCUGGGAGUGCAAAUAAUAACUCUGUUUAUAACAGAACGUCUGCUGCAGAAGAUCCAGCGAAGCAGAGAUUGGCAUUACAUGAACUCAUAAUAACUGCAGUUAAAGUGUUUUCAAUAACACAACGUUGUGCCAGGGUUAUUCCGAACCAGUUUGGAGUCAUGGUGUUUGACAUCUGGAGAUGCUGAACUGAUGAUAAACUGGGCGGUCUAGCAGUUUUAUGAUAGCAUGGUCAAAUAGCAUGUGUUUCAAGGUUUCUGCUUGUUAUUGUUGGUUUCAAAUACAGGAAAUAUCUAUUCUUAGUUGAAGUUCACUGUAAAAAAAUCCAUUAAAAAAAACGUACAUUUUCUGUCAGCUGGAGCGACAUAAUAAUUUAAUAGUUAAAUAAUAGUUUUUUUUCCUGUGAAAUGACAGAAUAUAAGGAUAUGUAAUAAAUUGCAUUCCCCGUUUUUCUUGUAAAUUUGCUGUCUUUUCCUGUAAUUUUACAGUUUUUACUGUAUUUUAAAAUAAACUGUAAAAAAUAAAAUCUUGUUAAAAAAAGGAAAUUUUCUUGCAUGAAAUACACUGUGAAAUAACAUUUUCCCCUGUAAAAU